CCAUAUUCAACCUUGAAUAUGUCCGGUCUUCCUCGGGGCGUCCAUCCACCCAAGAAGGUUCCCACAAUGCGCCCCAGCACUCGCCCUCCACUGAACAUGCGCGGUCGCUCUGGCACACCUGCACUGAACGGUCGAGCCUCACCUACCGAUUCCGUCGCAUCUUUUGCAACCAACGCUUCACGAGCCCGAUCGCCAGCAACAUCGCAGGUUGGAGGAAAAAGGAAAGAAAGAGAUUUUGAGAAUGACGGCGGCGAAGAGACGAAUAUCAAUGUUGUUGUCCGGUGUCGAGGCCGUAAUGAUCGCGAGGUCCGCGAGAAUAGUGGCGUCGUGGUAUCGACAGAUGGAAUCAAGGGAAAGACCGUCGGCCUUUCCAUGGGCCCCAGUGCACUGAGUAACAAGACGUACUCCUUCGACAAGGUGUUUUCGCCCGCUGCAGAUCAGGGCAUUAUCUUCGAUGAAGUAGUUGCGCCUAUACUUGAUGAGGUACUAAGUGGCUUUAAUUGUACUAUCUUUGCGUAUGGCCAAACUGGAACUGGCAAAACAUAUACCAUGUCCGGCGACAUUUCCGACAUGCUUCCUCAGCCAGAUGCGGCUGGCAUCAUCCCGCGAGCUCUGUAUUCUUUAUUCAACAAACUCGAAAGUGAAGACUCAGAGCAUUCAGUGAAGUGUUCCUUCAUCGAAUUGUAUAAUGAAGAACUUCGGGAUCUCCUCUCGCCAGACGACGGUGUCAAGCUAAAAAUUUACGAAGACAACAGCAAGAAGGGUCACAGCUCCACGAUGGUCCAGGGCGUGGAAGAAUCGCACAUCAAGUCCGCCGCCAAAGGAAUUCAACUUCUACGCGAAGGAAGUCACAAGCGCCAAGUUGCAGCGACGAAAUGCAAUGACCUAAGUUCCCGAAGUCACACCGUUUUCACAGUCACAAUCUACAUCAAGCGAACAAGCGACACUGGAGAAGAUUUCAUUAGCGCCGGAAAACUCAACCUGGUCGAUUUGGCUGGCAGUGAGAACAUCCAACGCAGUGGAGCCGAGAACAAGCGCGCCGCAGAAGCAGGUCUCAUAAACAAGAGCUUGUUAACCCUAGGCCGUGUUAUCAAUGCCCUGGUCGAACGAGGAUCCCAUAUUCCGUAUCGAGAAUCCAAGUUGACGCGUCUUUUACAAGACUCCUUAGGCGGACGAACUAAGACGUGUAUCAUCGCCACAUUAUCACCAGCGAAGAGUAAUCUUGAGGAGACGAUUUCCACUCUGGAUUAUGCAUUCCGAGCGAAGAACAUCCGAAACAAGCCACAAAUCAAUCAGAUGGUCUCGAAGAAAACCCUUCUUAGAGAGUUCACAGGCGAGAUCGAGAAGUUGAAGAGCGAGCUCAUAGCAACCCGUCAACGUAAUGGUGUCUAUCUUACUCAAGAGUCGUAUGAAGAAAUCAUGACUGAAAGCGAGUCGAGAAGAAUUCUUAGCGAGGAGCAGCGCGACAAGAUUGAGACUAUGGAAGUGAACCUUCGAAACAAGGUUCAGGAGCUGUUCUCUCUUACAAGCAGCUUCAACAGCAUGAAGAAGGAUAACGACGCGACGAAAUUAGUUCUGGAGGGCACGAAGAGUCUGCUGGAGAAGACCGAAGUAGUUCUGGCACAUACCCGACAGAAUCUGGCUGACGAAACUACGAUGAGGAGAGCCCAUGAGAAGACAGAGGAGGAACUGGUUACCAUUGGCCACGACUUGAUAUCUGCCCUAGGGAAGACGACGACUGAUAUUGGUGGGCUGCACUCCAAGCUGCGCCGUAGAUCCGAUCUCCAAUCCGAAAACCGGAAGCACUGGACUUCGACGCAGUCCGAAGUUUCGGAAACGACACUUGUCGUGGAGAACCGCAUUGCUGAGUUCCAAGCUCAGCAAGACCAGUUGAUGCAAACUUUAGCAUUUCGGAUGCAAGGAUUUGUUCAGGAUGAGCUGUUGAAACUCGGAACUUCACAAGCGUUUCUACAGGAGAAGGUGAAGUCCUUCGAGUCUUCCAAAACGGAGGUGAAUGAACAAACUGCCAAGGCCAGAGAUGAUAUGAACGAAGUGCUGGAAGAGAUCAAGACGCUACGAGAAGAUGUCAAAGAGAAGGUUGGAGCUGGUCUCGAUGACCUAUCAGCUGCUGCUCAAAAGAUUUCUGCGGGAAUUGUGACGGAGCUGGACGCAUUCCAUACCCAGCUACACUCGUCAUAUAUUGGACUCGGCCGCGAUUUUAAGGAUACCUUCACGGACCUGAUCAAGCACCUCCAUGAACAACAAGCGGAGGCAGAUCAACUCCGACAACAAAUUGUGCAGGCAGAUACGGCUCUUUUGGCGGCCAACACAUCUGCGCAAGGUCGACUGUCGCAAAUAAUAGAAGAAGAGAAGCUCAAGGCUGCAGAGGAGCGGCAAAACCUUCUGACGCAGAUGACAUCCCUAAUAAACUCGACAGCGGAGGCACAAGAAAGUCGAUUCGCUGGCAAGAUGCUUAAUGUCAACGAAAGCAUCGAUUCUUCGCAUGCCGCUUAUCACAUCACACACAAUGCUUAUAACCAGGGCAUGGACAAUUGGGUAGGGAAGUCGAAAGAUAUCAUUGGUGGCGUAACGAAAUCAAGAGACAACGUGAAGGCGAAGAUCAAGGCCGACUUUUCCGCCGCAAACGACCACACGACCUCACUUCGUAACACCACGACGUCCGUUCAUGAUAGUACAGUGGAGAUUGUUUCUGCUCAGAAAGCACACAUGGAUACUCAACUCCAUUCCCUGGACGAGAUCGUGUCACGAGUCCGCGCCCAGAACAAUUCUCAUCACGCCGCUCACACCUCCUCGUUGGGCUCGUUGGCCGCCAAUGUGCAGUCAUCUUACUCCAGCAUCGACGAGCACUUUUCGACUUCAUUCGACCGCGUUAAAGAGCUCGACACCGACAUGGCAUCUCACACAUCCGCCCUCCAAUCUAUGCUCCCACAACUUGCCUCCGACGCAGAAAUACGCGCACCACUGCGAGACCUCCGUGCAGGAAUCGAAGACCAGACCUUGUUUGAGUACGUUCCUACCGGAGAGACUCCCCAACGCAUGCAGUACGCGUUUCCUUCUACACUACCUAGGACUGAACCACAUGACUCGUUGUUGUCGCGUCUCCGUGGCCGCCCGGAGUCAGGGUCAGACUCAAACCGUAGCCCGACUAAGGGAAUGGUUUUUAACGACCCUGUCUCUUCGCCUACAGAACUCAUUGGAUCAAAUCUUUUUGCCGCGUCUACAAACAUUCGACCUUCCAGUGCUACGAGUGCGGGCACAGCACCGAGUCUUCGGGAACUGGACGUGAAUAUUGUUACGGGCGACCUUUCAACCUCCGCUUCGGCAUCAACCCUUGCGACUCCCUCCGAGCUUGACAAAGUUUCCAUGCCCCCGCUCAAGCGGCAGAAUACGAAUGCAGGAGUAAUUGAUGGCGGCAUUAGCAAGCUGCCUAUGAAGUCAAUGAACAAGAAGGGCACGCGGAAGACGGUGGCGGGUGCAGGUAUGGGCCCGGGUGUCGGUGAUAGGGAGAACCUGCCCGUGGUCAACUUCAGUGCAAGCGUAGGGCCUGGAAGGAGGAGGCUCAGAAGUCACGAGAACUGAUAGAUUGGCGUAGGUUUGGAGCGGUGGAGGGCGUUGGUGGUUGUGGCGGUAAUUAAUAAUUGCAUGUUUGGCGGUUCUAUAAGGUUGCUGAUCGACCAAGGGCUUGAUACCCGGUUGGCUUGCGUUGUAUGGGAUCCUUUUUGUAGAAGACUGGAGUCUAUCCGCCUUCCUGGUUGGCGUUUCUCAUGGCGUGGUGUAGAUACUUCUGGAGAUUAAUUCAUUGGAGUGGACUUCUAUCUGGC